UUGGUAAAUGGAGUUUGAAUUUUUUUUAGUAAUAGGUCAAUGAAAUUAAGCAACUCAAACAAAUAACACAUAAAGGAGGUUGGUGUUUGUGAUUGAAGUUGAAGGUUCAAGUCCACAAUGUUUUCUGUCGUGAGUUUUUCUUGGCGACGAAGAAAAAUUCACGUUCAAAAGCGAAAGCAGCUUUGAUACCCAAAAAAAGAAAAGGAAAAAGCAGAUGACUUUGAUUUUACCAAUCAAAACACUGGCCCAAUUUCCACAAGCCAAAACUAAAGGGAAGGGAAUCAAACUCGAAUUCAAUGCCGUGGUGAUCAGAUGAGUGAUGAUAUGUGACUGGCACUGCAGGGUGUAAGCAAACCCAGCAACCCAGCUUCCUUCAUCAAAAACACGAUCAGCAGUGAUGUUGACAGCUCCCAUCGGCCUCCCAAAUCCCGACGUUCCGCCAAAUGCUGAACUCUCUGAUCUCGAUCUUGCCAUCCUUGAAGAGAUUCGGAAACUCGAUGCCCUCCUUGAUAAAAUUCGGAAACUCGGCCCCGCCCUGCUUGAUAAGAUUCGAAAAUUCGACCCAGACGUCCUUGAUGAGCUUCGGAAAAUCGACCCUGUCCUCCUUGAUGGCCUUCGGAAAAUCCACCCGACCCUCCUUGACGAGCUUCGCAAAGUCGACUCCGCCGUCCUCCAAGAGAUGCAGCUCGAGCCGGCUGAAUGGGAUCCUGUCAUCAUUGGUGCGAUUCGUAAAUUGUAUUUGAAAUUAAGGGAGGAAGAUGAAGAAGUGGCCGAGAGGAGUACUUGUAGCGGGCGCCAAACUGCAAAAGAAAACGAAAAUGGAAACCAGAAGACACAGAGCGAAGAGACGGAUGGAGGAGGAGGAGGAGAAAAUAAGAAUGACAAUGGCGGUGAGGUGAUGAAGAUUGGUGAAGAAAGAAGCAGAAGCCAGCAUUAUCCAGUGAGGCCUGAAGCUGGAGAAGGAAAAACAGGAAGGAAAAACAGGAAAAACAGGAAAAACAGGAAAAACAAUCAGAAUUACUUCAGGUCAGGAGGACAGCAUCCAAAUCUCUACGCUUCCCCAAAUCCAGGUAAUGACGACGUGCUUUCCCCAAAUCCUGGUAAAGUCGACUCGGUCCUGCAGGUCGACCCUACUGAAUUGGAUCCUGCCAUCAUUGAUGCAAUUUGUAAAUUUUCUUUGAAAGGAAAGGAGGAAGGUGAACAAGAGGUCGAGGUUAGUUGUAGUACGCCAGAAACUGAAAUCAGAAACAAAAAUGGAAACAAGAGACAGAGUGAAGAGAGGGAUGGAGGAGGAGGAGUAGAAAAUAAGAAUGAGAAUGGUGGUCAGGUGGAGAAGAAGGUUGAUGAUGGAAGAAGUAGAAGACAUCAUUACCCAGUGAGGCCUCCUGGAGCUGGAGACUCUUCGCAUAAUCUAAAGACUGGGACUCAUAAGUUUGGGUCCAAUUGCAAGUUUAACCGCACUCGUGGAAGCAAAAACAAUCAGGUGUCUAAGGACAAGAUGAAGGAAAGGGAAGGGUUGGCAGAGAAGCCAGGCCAGACAGAAUGCAAGAAUUACUUCAGGUCAGGAGGACAACGUCAAAAUCGCUACGCUCCCCAAAAUCCCGGUGACAAUGACUCAUUUUCCCCAAAUUCCGACGUUUCCCCAAAUCCCGGUAAUGACGGCGUCCUUCCCCAAAAUCCAGGUAAAGACGACAUCCUUCCCCAAAAUCACGGUGACACUGACUGCGAUCUUGCCACCCUUAGGGAGAUUCUGAGACAUAAGACUGCCCUCCUUGGUAUUAUUCGGAAACUUGACGCUGGCCUCUUUGGUGAUAUUCAAAAAAUCGACCCCGCCGUCCUCCAUGAGAUGCAGGCCGACCCUGCUGAAUGGGAUCCUGCCAUCAUUGAUGCGAUUUGUAAAUUGUCUUUGGAAGAAAAGGAUGAAAGUGAAGAAGAGGUCGAGGUUAGUUGUGGUGGGCCAGAAACUGAAAUCAGAAACGAGAAUAGAUACAAGACACAGAGCAAAGAGAGGGAUGGAGGAGGAGGAGAAAAUAAGAAUGAGAAUGGUGGUGAGGUGCAGAAGAAGCUUGAUGAAGAAAGAAGCAGAAGACAUCAUUAUCCAGUGAGGCCUCCUGGGGCUGGAGACUCUUCGCAUAACCUAAAGACUGGGACUCAUCAGUUUGGGUCCAAUUGCAAGUUUAACCUCACUCAUAGAAGCAAAAACAAUCAGGUUUCAAAGAACAAGAUGAAGGAAAGGGAAGGGUUGGCAGAGAAGCCAGGCAAGACAGAAUUCAAGGUUUCAAAGAACAAGAUGAAGGAAAGGGAAGGGUUGGCAGAGAAGCCAGGCAAGACAGAAUGCAAGGUUUCAAAGAACAAGAUGAAGGAAAGGGAAGGGUUGGCAGAGAAGCCAGGCAAGACAGAAUUCAAGAAUUACUUCAGGUCAGGAGGACGUAAAUCCGGAAAUGCUUGUGCUUUAAACCCCAGAAGAGGGGAAGCUUCUGUAGCUCCAAUUCUAGAAAACUUUAUGGGCCUGCCAAUUCGUCCGGGGGAGAAAGACUGUUCCUGCUAUAUGCGAACUCUCUCCUGUAUGUACGGAACGAAGUGCAGGUUUAAUCACCCUGAUCCUACACCUGCAGGAGAAUCUGACCCCCCAUCUGGAAAUGGUAAUGGUGGACUUGCAUCAUUACAAGGUGCAUCGUCAGCAACAGCAGCACGAUGGUAUGCACCAAUAUCAUUGAACAAUGCUCCACUUUAUGAGCCAAUAAUGAUUCCGCCAUCGCAAGAGUUUCCUUCGCAAAAUACAGAAUGGAAUGGUUAUCAGGCUACAGAAAGAAGCAUGCCUGCACCUCCACCAUAUGUCAUGAACCACUCAGUGACUGAAACCAACACCUAUGAACAAUAUCCACAGCAGAAGCAAGUUCAAGAAUUCCCAGAGCGACCUGGGCAACCUGUUUGCUUGUACUUCUCAAGAUCAGGGGAUUGCAAGCAUAAAUCUAAUUGCAAAUAUCACCAUCCAAAAAAUCAGACUGCAGUGCCCCCCUCAUGUGACAAGGGCCUGCUUUUGAGACCAGGUCAGAACAUCUGCACACAAUACAGUGCGUAUGGCAUUUGCAAUUCUGGGCCAGCUUGUAAAUUUAACCAUCCGUCAUUAUGAUCAUCCCUUCUGUGACCAGACGACUACAAAUGGGGCAGGAACAUCCGAGAGUAUAAUUAGAACUGAUGCUACUAUCAGCCGCAGGCUGUGUAAAUAAGUUUGCAUGAAAUGGCUUUUAGAGCACAUAUCUCUUUCUGUUAUGUAGUAACUUUUUCUUCCAGCUGCCACAGGCCUUUCAGUUUCGGAUGUGAGAACUUAAUGGAAACAGGGCAUGUAAAUAAUUUCGUAUUUAUGCAUGUUACCUGAAAAUCCAAGUUUAAUUUGGAAUAUCCUCUGAAUUCUAUGGUUAUGGUCUCUUCACGAGUAUCUUCAAUUGGCCACUUCUGUAAUGGAUAACUUUUUAGUCGCAAUAGAAAUGUGUGAUAUUUACCU